UGCGUUUAACGACUAAUUUAUAUUUAUUGAGAAAACCCUAACCGGAUGUGGUUAAUGCUAAUAAAUGCUACUUCCUGCUGGAAGCUGAACUUCCAAAGCGGCGGUCAGCAGAAAUAAUGUCAACAUUUGACUGAAUAAAUCAGCUGCAGCUACAGAGGAGGUGUUCAUCACUUUUAACCGUUGUCCGUGCAGCGGGGACCGUUUCAGGCUCGGCCUGUUAGCAUGAUGCUAACCGGUUAGCCCCGGGUUUCCGCMUCAGCUCGCCGGACGCUGUUCUCUUGUUUCGCGCAUUUCGAGCGGUUUUUCCGUCCAGCCUGUAACAGUUGAAGCGGGUGGAGGACCACCUGGACCCGGCCUGAGCUGAAGCAGGUUAAAGCUGCCGGUAAACGGAGCUCUGCGCUUUGCUUUUAGCUCCGCGGCUCUUUGUUUUCACAAAGGAAGGAGCUGAAGUUUCCUGGUUUUCAACCCACAUCCCGAACACUUCCCCCCGGCCUGAUGGCUCCACACAAGGCCGGCUCUUCCGGAGGCCAGCAGGUGGGCUUUGGUUCUGGAGGAAAGAGCCCCGGGCUGGACCCGCAGCAGAGCCCUGCAGCUGCAGGCAGGAAGCCCAACAUGCAGCUGCUCCAGGCCGACCACGAGCUGUUCCUGCAGGCCUUUGAGAAACCGACUCAGAUCUACAGAUUCCUGCGCACCAGAAACCUGAUCGCUCCGAUCUUCUUACACAGGACCCUGACCUACAUGUCCCACAGGAACUCCAGGAGCAACAGCAGCAGGAAGCUGUUUAAAGCAGAUGAUCUGUCUUUCAAAGUGAAUAAAAUGAGAGGAGACCAGGAGACCCUCAGCCUGUCUUCUAACCUGCAGCUCACCUUCACUGGCUUCUUCCAUAAAGCUGGGAAACCAUGUCAGGACAGUGAGAACGAGCAGAACUCUGUGUCUCUGGAGGUCCUGCUGGUCAAAGUCUGCCACAAGAAGAGGAAGGACGUCAGCUGUCCCGUGAAGCAGAUCCCGACGGGGAAAAAGCAGGUUCCUCUGAACCCAGAGACGGGCUCCGGAGUCCAGGCCAAGCCGGGCUCCCUCCCCACCCUGCUGGUUCCCAGCAUCGAGUUUGAACCCAGUAACUCUCACAUGGUCAAGUCUUACUCUCUGCUCUUCAGAGUGUCCAGACCCGGGUACACCCGGAGCCAAAUCAACGGCUUAACUAACGGAGAGAAUCACCAGCUCCGAG